CUGCGUCUGACGGCUGCACUGGCUGCUCGGCCCCCUCAGCCCCCUCCUCCCCGCCUCUGCUCGGCGAUUAGAGCCGGAGCGGUGGGAGCGCAGGGAUUUGCUGUGCUGGGAUCCUCCGUGGGCAGGGGCUCCCGGCCAUGUCUGUGGCUCAGGCGAGGCAUCUUCCCCGUUCUUCAGCUGGUUUUGAGGCAAAUACAUUGACUCUCUGAGGUUUCAGCAACUUUGAAGGAUGCAGCCGCAGACACUGAAUGCUGUCUCGCUAACCAGGAGCAGACUUCUCAAAAGCCUGCGGAAGAGACGUAGGAUCUUCCAGCAGAUCCUGGCAGCUGGAGUCUCCCGAUAACAGAUAAAGUCACCUGACCACCAUGAGUUGGAGUUUCCUGACCCGUCUGUUAGAGGAGAUCCACAAUCACUCCACCUUCGUUGGCAAAAUCUGGCUGUCGGUGCUGAUCGUGUUCCGGAUCGUCCUGACUGCUGUGGGAGGAGAGUCCAUCUACUAUGACGAGCAGAGCAAGUUUGUGUGCAACACGGAGCAGCCGGGCUGCGAAAACGUCUGCUACGACGCUUUCGCUCCUCUUUCCCACGUGAGGUUCUGGGUGUUCCAGAUCAUCCUCAUCGCCACCCCCUCCGUCAUGUACCUGGGCUACGCCAUCCACAAGAUCGCCCGGAUGGUGGAGCACAGCGAAGCCGACCGAAGGCUCCGGGGCAAGAGCUUCUCCAUGCGCUGGAAACAGCACCGCGGCUUGGAGGAGGCGGAGGAGGACCACGAGGAAGACCCCAUGAUGUACCCAGAAAUGGAGCUGGAAAGCGAACGAGAGAACAAGGAGCAGGCGGCGCCCAGCAAGGCCAAGCAUGACGGCCGGCGGCGCAUCCGUGAGGACGGGCUCAUGAAGAUUUACGUGCUGCAGCUCCUGGCCAGGGCCACAUUCGAGGUAGGCUUCCUGGUGGGGCAGUACCUGCUGUACGGCUUCGAGGUGAGCCCCGUGUUCGUGUGCAGCAGGAAGCCCUGCCCGCACAAGAUCGAUUGUUUCAUUUCGAGGCCGACCGAAAAGACCAUUUUCCUGCUCAUCAUGUACGGGGUGAGCUGCAUGUGUUUGCUGCUGAACGUCUGGGAGAUGCUGCACUUGGGAUUCGGCACCAUCCGGGACACAUUGAACAACAAGAGGAAGGAGCUGGAGGACUCUGGGACCUACAACUACCCCUUCACCUGGAACACGCCGUCGGCCCCUCCCGGCUACAACAUCGCAGUCAAGCCCGAGCAGAUGCAAUACACCGAGCUGUCCAACGCCAAGAUGGCCUACAAGCAGAACAAAGCCAACAUAGCUCAGGAGCAGCAGUACGGGAGCAACGAGGAAAACAUCCCUGCUGACCUGGAAAACCUGCAGAGGGAAAUCAAGGUGGCUCAGGAGCGCCUGGACCUCGCCAUCCAGGCGUACAACAACCAGAACAACCCCGGCGGCUCCAGAGAGAAGAGGCCCAAAGCGGGCUCAAACAAAAGCAGUGCCAGCAGCAAGUCAGGGGAUGGGAAGAACUCUGUCUGGAUUUAGCAUUGGCUGAGUUUGUUAUCUCCUGUGGGGUUUUUGUGCUCCUAGUUUCCCGUAACCAGCAACCCUUGAAUAAUGGCUUCCACUGAGUAAAUAUUUGACUCUGCUUAUUUUCAGGGAUACCGUCGGCUAGUGACCCAACCUCUCAGAGAGGGUUUAUACGCAUAUACUAGGACUAGAGGACUUUAUUCUUCUGUCUUCCAAGUCAGGAGACGAGCAGGUACAUUUAAAUCAUUCUCAUUGAAGGGUUUAUGCUGUAUGUACAGUGUGACAGUACAUUUAUUAUGCACAACAUUUUGUAUUUGUACACCGGGUCUCCGACCUUCCCCUUUUUUGUAUUAAGGAGGAGAAAGCAGUGGGGAGCUGUUGGCAUCUCGUUAGUUUUGUCACUGUGCUCUGCAGCUUCGUCGUCGUUCUUCCUUCUCUGAAAGGUGAAACUUUCUAUGCUGCAUUCCAGAAGUGCCUUGAAGGUGCAGAUGGCCCCCAGCAGCCUCUGCUCGGCCAGGCGCCCGCGGGCAGAGGUUCCCACACAGCUCUUCAUGGUGCUCUUCACCCUGUCUUUGGCAAAAAUGACGUGCUGCCUGGGAAAUGGAAGUGCCAGGCUCCGGCUACUGUGUGCUGCAGGCUAGAGGGGAAGUGUCUAUGUGUCAGAGAGAACUUGUGUUCAGAGUAAGAGCUCCAGCUGCAACACUGAGAGGGCUCAGACCUCCCUGCAAGCUUUAUGCAACAGGAGGGGAGAGAGGCUUCCAACUCCUGUAAAACAUCCAGACCAGAAGUAACUAGAAACAACUGGAUUCGGUGGUUGCCCUUGUUUGUGUGAUAUCAAUGGGAAGAGAUGGUUCUGAGGCCUGUUGUUACACAACACCCCGCUCCCCCAGGGCAUGAGGUUGUUCUGAUACCUUUUGAGUAAGCUUUCCGUCUUCUCCAAAGUAAUCCCUUCAGAUGGAGUCACGAGGGCUGUGUGGAGCAGCAGCCUUCCUCCCCCAGCCAGGAGAGGCUGGCUGUCUGCAGGAGUUUGCCCAGUAUCAAUGAUGCUGCCUUAGUCCAGACCCCUCUCCCCCGUGACGUCCGAGGGGGUUAGUUCAGAUGGAGCAGUGUGUAUCAUUCUGCUUGAGAGACCAGUCAAAUUUGGCAUUCCGUGGUUUUGGCAUUAGACUUGACUUUAUAAUUAGCAGGAGGAUGCAGUAGUUGCUGCCUUUGGCGGUGUCUUUUUGGCACAGAGGCGCGUUCGUGUUUGAGAGACGCUGAUAAAUGUCUGUGCUCUUCGCUGCUGUUUGUGAGCGAUUCAGGACCUUGCUCUGCUCUCUUUUCUGUUAGGUUGUUGUGACUUUGACCUAUGCUGGGGGCCUGUUUCAAGCGAGGCUGUUCUGUUUGGGGGCUACCUCAGCCCUUUGCGCCCUCGUGGCAGCCUGGGCAGGGGCAGGGCUGGGGGGCCGGGCUCCGUAACCCCUGCUCCCUUCCCAGCCCGCAGCGUCCAAGCCUGGGCCUUGUGUCCUAGGGGUGAUCCAAGCACGUGCUUGCAGUUAUCCUCCACCCCAAACACUUGCUGAAAAUGGGUAUUUAGCUGUUUUUAAAAGCUGAAGUGGGCUUGUGGGCACGGGACUAGCAGCGUGGGGUGAGAGGGAGUUCAGGAGUGGUGCUCCUUGGCUGAAAGGGGAGGCUGAGGGGAAACCUCUGCCUGGGGCUGGGCAGGGAGGCUCUGCCAGCAGAGAGGGAGCUGGGUGGAAAACACCUUGUCUGAGAGCACCAGGGAGAGACGUUGGGAGGCUGGAGGUCAGCGUGGUGGUUGCAGUGCACCCAUUGUGUCUGACACUGGGGGGUUCUCCCCAGCUUCCCCAGAGGGUUACGUGGCCCUGUGCCCUUCGCCGUGGUUUCAGAGUGGCCUUUCACCAGCCCAAUGGGCAAGAAGUGAAAAUCCUUUCCCCUCUGCUGCUCUCUGCACAAGCUGUGGCAAUUUCUUAUUAAAAGACCCAGGUUCAUGGCAGCAGUUUCCCUGUGGUCUGUGUUCAUGACCUGAGCCCUUCCUGCUCCAAGCUGUCUCCUCAGGUCAGCCCCCGAGCUGUGGUCGCCCCGGGCUGUGCCCCGUUAGGGAGUGAGGUGUGUGGAUUGUCCCAACCCCUGAACCCAUCCCCAAAAGACAAAGUGACGGAGCUGUUUCUGUUUUCUGGUUUGUUUUCAUUUGAAUUGUGUAUCAAGUGCAUAUUUUCUUUGAGGCUGGGUGUUUUCAGUAGAGGAUGUCUGUUAAAGCUCUGCGUGUUCCUGUGUGUGACUGUCUCCUCGGUUUCAAGGCACGGGGCCGGGUUGUUCCUUUUGAAGAAAUGAUACAUGCAUUACUUUACAAUGCUCUUGCUCUGGCUUCAUGUAGGCCAUGCUGAAAUAAACGUUCAGAAGAGACUUUUGGACAAAAGACCCUACACUGACCCUCUCUUGGGUUUGUCUUGUCGUUCUCUGGUUUGGGAUGCGGCUGGGAAAAGAAAUA